AUGCGCGCCUAUACGUUAACAGUUCUCGCUCACUGCACUCAAAGUGGUGACACACUUGCAACUGAUAAGGAGAUCAUCGCAUGGGCUAAUAAGAAGCUAGCGGAGAGUCAAAAGAAGGCAUCGAUUAGAGGUUUCCAAGACCCAGUGAUUUCGAAUGCACGUGUUGUGCUCGACUUGAUUGAUGCGAUUAAACCAGGCACCAUCAAUUAUGAACUUGUGAAGACUGGCGGACUUGAGGAAAAUAUGGCAAACGCAAAAUAUGCGAUCACGUCAGCGCGUAAAAUUGGUGCUAAGAUCUAUGCAUUGCCCGAGGAUAUCGUUGAGUUUAUAAGGGGUGUCGUUAUAUUACAGGUAAAGCCCCGAAUGGUGAUGACCGUGUUUGCGUGUUUGAUGGCACUUGAUUAUAUGCCAGAUAUGCGAGAAAGCGAAGCAGCUAGUUCACCGAUUUCUCCAAUGCGCAAUUACUAA